AUGGAAGAGGAGGUUGAGUUCAUCUACGAGAUGCUCCACUCCCACUCGCCAACCUGCGAGCGGGUGUGGCUGCCUAAGGGGCCUCCCAAAUUCGCCCAGCCCCGCGAUGGGGUGGCGGCGCUCAAGCAGCGCUUGGGGCAUGAACGUGUGUCGAUUAUCAACCCCUUCACCCUCACCCAAGAGAGGCAGACCACGUGCUCUGGCCUCUACUACGCCUACAUUCACCCCGAGGGCAGCUCGCCACCAGCUCUAUGGGAGAUGCUGCUGCGCGGUGCUCACGUGAUGGCCACGGAGCGCAACUCGCCAGAGACGGCCAAGCGCCUGUACAAGAGGGUGGUUGACCUGCAACAGAAGUCAGACAAUGCCGACUUCCUCUACUCCCUCUAUCGCCACCUGCAGACGGUUCCGUCGCUGGACCUGGACCGCGAUUUCCAUGACGUCGUCACCCGAUGCCGCUCGUUCGACAUCAUCGACCAGGCCUUCCGCCAACGCCGCGCCCAGCGACAGGCCCGGCUGCUGGCCUGGUCUGCGCCUCCACCGCCGACAGCAUCGGGGAGUGGGAGUGGUAUGUCGCUGCUCGACCUCCUGCGGAUGCUGCCGCCGCCCUUCACCCCGGCCGACCUCCUGCCCCUCGGCUCGCUCGUGGCGAUGGCCCGGACCAGCAGGGAGUGGUACGCCUACGUCGCGGGCAGCCAGCUGCCGCUGCUACAGCGACGCGCAAUGAACGACGAGGCCCUCGCCCCGAUGAAGUGGAGCUACUCUCACAGCUACGAGGGACCAACCGAAGACGUGUGGGCCACCUGCUCGCUCACCUACUCUUCUUCUCUCUCGACGGCAUCGACAUCGACAACCAACUCUGAGGCGUCGUCGCUGUUCCCGAUCAUCGAGUGCCCUCCGCUGCUGAGCCCAGCCGCCGCGGUGGAGGCGCUGCUGGGGAGCUGGAGGUUGUCAACAAUCUUCGACCCGGCGUGCCCCUCUGACACCAUCAAGCGUUGCUUGCGGCUGCUGAGCGGAACGGCGGUAGCAGCGGCCACCUACAGCAAGAAGGAGAUUGGCUUCCCAACGCAGUCCGAUAACCACAUGAUUUGUCUCUACCUGCCGGCAGAUGACGCUACCGACGCGAGUCCGAGUGCCGGGAUGGAAGUAGUGUGCGAGGUGGGGUGGGGAGUGCACACUCCCUACUGGUAUUAA